CCCCCAUAAUGCACACCAUUAUACCACCUCAUAAUGUGGCUCUUUAUGUGCACCAUUAAGCUCAUAUUCAAGAUGGAGAAUCCUAGGAGCAUCCUAUGCUACUAGGUCUUCCUUAAUGCCACACGUGCUUGACUUGGUCAUGAUCCGCCACAUCAUUCGCCAUGUCGCCCGCCACGCGUGACAUCCUCCCCCACCUAUUCUCGCGAUGCCCUCAUCGCGUCCUUGCUACGAAAUGCCUCCAUCGACCUCGAGCAGCCUCUCUCGACUCUUGAG